AUGACCUCGCCGCAGGUGAUGCAAUCAUCUGCAGCUUCGCGGUUAGCCUUGUUCGAGUUAGCAACAUGGCACUUAUCCAGCCCCAACACGCAAGAUGGGGCUGGUGGGUGGUGGAAGGAACAGCCAGAUGACGCUGCAGGGUCGAUGCAUAAGAAAAACUCGUCGCUACAGAUGUCGCACUUUGUAUCAAGAGGUGGCCGGCGGAACCUUGUUGAUUGGGAUGCGGUAAUCCGUCUGCAGCCGAGCAACAAAGGACGUCUUCGCCGCACGACAUGGAGUAGCCGUGGCAGGAUGAGGAGGAGCUGUGGCGGGCAGCCGAGUGUGGCAUUUGCAGCUAUUGAUGAGAGCGGAGAACCCUCGACCGCAGAAAGUCGUGCCCAGCUGAUGAGAGCAUGCACACGCGCGCGCAACUUCCAGUGGCAGCAGGCAUCGUCAAGGGCAAGUCCUCCAAUGAGUCCAGUCUCCGCAGGCGUUAGAUGGACACCAGUCCUCUUCACGAAAGCGAGACGCGCGGGAUCCAGCAUUUCCCGGGAGGCUUGCUCAUCGUCAAUACACGAGCGUGGUGCCCGAGAUGGAUCUCGAACGGAUGCUGCGAACGCCAGAGGAUUGCGCUUUCAUCAAGUCCCUGCUGGUCGUGAUAUCCGUCGCACGCGAGUUUUGGCCAGAGAUACAGGGGACAAGGAGGCUGCGCCACGUUUGCUGUUGGACGGGCCACCAAAACAGCAGCACGCUGCACGCAACGACGAGACGAGUUCGAUGCACACAAGGCCGGCCAACGCUAGGGGGCAACCUUGCUGUGUGGCACCGAUUAUUGGCGAGCAGGUGAGGUCUCGGAGGAGGUACUUUGUACAGAGGAUGCUCGCAGCGGCUUCUGUCAUGUCGCUCCUGGGCAAUCGCUGA